AUGGACGAGGUCACCUUCAGAAGUGACACAGUGCUCUCCGACGUCCAUCUCUACACCCCCAACCAGAGACACCUCAUGGUGCGGCUGAACAGCAUGGGGCAGCCCGUUUUUCUGUCCCAGUUCAAGCUUUUGUGGACCCAGGACUCUCAGACAGACUCGGGGCCUAUGGGAGGUGAUCAUAGAGAUGUUCCCAUAGAGGAGACUCCUGCUGGGACAGGCAGCACCGGGUCCCCUCCAAGGAGUGGCCAGAGCGCUGCAGGUUUUCCCCUCCAGGCCAGUGUCCAUGCCACUGGACAGGAAGGGCCUGGAGCUCAGCUGGACGAGGAUGGCGAUUUGGAUGUUGUGAGAAGACCACGAGCUGCCUCUGACCCCGACCCUGUACGGCCUCCGAGAGACAAGGUACAUCCCAUGAUUCUAGCGCAGGAAGAAGAGGACGUCCUGGGAGACGAAGCGCAGGAGAGCAGCACCCACAAUGUCAUCAAAAUAGAACACACCAUGGCCACGCCCCUGGAGGAUGUUGGCAAGCAGGUGUGGCGGGGUGCCCUGUUCCUGGCUGAUUAUAUCCUGUUCCAACGGGACCUCUUCCAGGGUCGCACCGUGCUGGAGCUCGGGGCGGGCACGGGGUUCACCAGCAUCAUUGCAGCCACCGCGGCGCAGACUGUGUAUUGUACAGAUGUCGGUGCGGACCUCUUGGCCACGUGCCAGCGAAACGUUGCCCUCAACAGCCACCUGACUGCCUCUGGAGGCAAAGGAGUUAAGGUCAGAGAACUGGACUGGCUGAAAGACGACCUCUGCACAGACCCGGAGGUCCCCUUCAGCUGGUCGGAAGAGGACAUCUCCGACCUAUACGACCAUACCACCAUACUGCUCGCGGCCGAAGUGGUCUACGACGACGACCUAACUGAUGCUCUGUUUAAAACUCUCUUCCGACUCACUCACAAGUUGAAAAACGCCUGCACAGCCAUUCUCUCUGUGGAGAAGAGGCUGAACUUCACGCUGAGCCACCUGGACGUCACCUGCGAGGCCUACGACCACUUCCGCGCCUGCCUGCGGCAGCUGGAGCAGCUCCGGGACGGCCAGCUGCACUUCACGGUGGAGCCGGUGGAAGCCGCCUUCCCUCAGCGCCUGGAGUAUGAGCGCAUCCGGCAGCUGGAGCUGUGGAAGAUCUUUGUGGAACCAGGAACGUGA